AUGUCCUUACCACUAAAGCCUCUUACAAUUGACUCAAAUAAUAAGCAACUAGACUCUAAACAGAAGAAGUUUCAUGCUAAUGUCGAGCGUGCAUUAGAGAGAUUUGACUCGGUAACAGAAUGGGCGGACUAUAUUGCUAGUUUGGGAACACUAUUGAAGGCAUUGCAAAGCUGGUCACCCAAAUUCCAGAAUGUAAGAUACUACGUUCCUUCUCCGUAUCAGGUGAGUCGAAGAUUGACAUCCUCAUUAUCACCGGCGUUACCUGCAGGUGUUCACCAGAAAACCUUAGAGGUUUAUACAUACAUAUUUGAACACAUUAGCCUUGAAACUCUAGCUACAGAGUGUAACAUUUGGAUCCCGGGUAUCUUACCUCUGAUGACAUAUGCCUCUAUGUCUGUUAGGUCACAUUUAAUAGAGCUUUACGAUAAUUAUAUCCUUCAGUUACCUCAAACAACUUUAAGGCUACUAAUCAGACCUUUGAUUUCUAGUUUGUUGCCAGGGAUUGAUGAUGAAAGCAGUGAUUUUUUACCUUUAACUUUAAAACUCGUUGAGACCUUGCAGGAGAAUUUGGAUGACAAUUCCUUAUUUUGGCAAACGUUAUUUUUAGUUAUGACUGCAAAUAAAGGCAGAAGACUGGGCGGUCUCACCUGGCUGACUAGAAAAUUCCCAUCGUUGAAUGCUGUACCUCAUCUGGUAAACAAAAUAAAAAUGGAAGCAGAAGAGAACACAAGCGAAACCGAAACUAACGAUUCUCACCUAGACAGGAAAAGAAGAAAAGAAGAAGCUUUCAAGGUUUUAUUGCCUGCAGCUAAAGAUUUAGUGACCCCUGAACCAGGUCUGCUUAUCCGAUGCCUUGUCGGUUGUUUAGAAGAUGAAAAUGAUAUUCUUAUUAAAAGAAGCGUUUUGGAUCUUUUGCUACAGCGGUUAAGGCUAGAUUCUCCUGUUUUAAAUGUUCUUAUUACUUCUGAGGAUAAAAAAUUACUGAUCAUGAGCUGUUGUAAAACUACUUUGAGCAAGGAUAUGUCUUUGAACAGAAGAAUAUGGAACUGGCUUCUCGGUCCUACUGCUGGGGGGAUGCUAAACAAUAACAGCGGAAACUCGAUGGAAGACACUACUUCGGUCAAGUCAGGAAACGAAGAAAGUAAUGUGUAUUUUACAAAAUAUGGGUUAGGUGCCCUUUUGGAAGGUUUAAACGACCUUCUCUCAGAAGAAGAAUCCGUUCUAACCGCAUUCAAGAUAAGCAUGGCAGUCAUGGAUAGGUGGGAGAUUGGCUCACUUGUAAUCCCUGAACUAUUCGUUCCACUUCUCUAUUCCUCGGAAAAUUUCAAACACAACGAACAAAUCCUGAAAACCGCACGCACCUUUUUUGACAAUGUUGAAACCAAUAUUAUAUGGGGAAAGCUUUUUCAGGAACUUGAAGAUAUCAAAAACCUAAGAGUUUUAGAUUUCGUAUUAACAAAUUUUAAUAUUGGAAGCGACGAAGAAAUUAUUGUACGCCAUCUUCCUUUGAUUUUAUUAGCUUUACUUGCUCUUCCACCUAAUGAUAAAGAUAUCAAAAAUAUUCAUAAGCUCCAAAAGUUUUCUUUGUAUAACAAAUUGCUAAGCUAUAUCCCUGAGAGGGCUCUUCUUCCUCUCAGUCACUCAAAAUUAAAGCACGAUGAUGAUAUAAGCUGCGAAGAACUUUUGAGCAAAAUACGUGAGUUCUAUACCAAUGUUUCUAAUCCAUCUAGCAUUUCAGAGAAGGAUAAUACGGCUGAGCGUUUGCCACCCUUUACAACGGAGGAUCUAACUUUUUUAAUAGCAAAUCUUAUUCAGAAAAAGCUUCUUUCAAGUUUACGAGAGUUAGAAUUUAUCAACGAAAGCUCUAGAUUAUUUAUAGCUAUUUUCGAAAAGAUUCCUGAAUCUGAAGGACCUAAUGGAGGAUCUCACACAAGCUGGUCGGAUAAGAAAAUAACUCAGAGCAUAUUUGGGGCUAUUCUCAGGCUUUGUGAAUCUCAUAAUGAUGCAAAAUCAGAAGAAAUAGUUGGAAUAGUAGAAAUUUUUAGUAACUACUUAUAUUCGCGCAUGGAAUUCAUUGAGUCGAUGAAAUUGUUGAAAAUGAUCAUGAUGGCUGUGUGGAAAUCUUUAAAAGAUCCACGCCACCAAAUAUUAGGGGUCAAAAACUUAAAGACUCUAAACAGGUUUAUUCCAUCCAAAUUCAUUGAAAGUGCGUUGGUAUAUACUUUUGUGGAAGAAGAAGAUAUAUCCGAGAGGCUGGGCGUUUUAGAUCUGUUAUGGACACAGCUAGACUCAAAUACAAAUUUGAUCAGGCGCCCUCUUGAAUUAAUUCUGGGUGAACUUUUUGAUGAUCAGAAUCCCUUUUAUUUAACUGUUUCAAAGUGGAUUUUAUCAAUAAUAAAUUCAGGAUCUGCUGCAAGACUAUUUUACAUUUUGACUGAUAACAUUCUAAUGGUUACUCAUCUCGAAAAAGAAGCCUUAGACGAGAGGGACGAUCUUGAUAUGCUCACAUAUGAGUUCCAGAUGCUUGCUUAUGUGUUGAAAACAAACAGCGGCCGAACGAGGAAAGUUUUUUCCACUGAACUUACCUCAAUAAAAUCUUUAACCAUAUGGAAGAAUGAGGACGUUUCCACAUAUAAAUGUCUGCUGUUGGUCACGUUGACAAGGUUUCUGAACAUAAAGAACAAUACACACGCCAAAAGUAUCAGGAGCGCGUUAAUUCUUUUGGAUAUCUUGCUGGAUGGGACUGAGGAAAACUUCAAGGAUAUAGUUAUAUUUUUACUGCAAAUGUCAUCUAAAUAUAUUGCAGAUGAAGGAAUCGAACCAGAGUUAAUAGCGGUUUCUCUGUUGGAUAUUGUGUCAAAGGUUCUCAGACUAUCACACGAUAAUGGUAUUAAACUAGACAUUUUUGAUGACAAUGCUGCCCAUUUGAAAUAUAUCGAUUUUCUUGUUACCAGCGUUUCAAAUAUGAAGAGUCCUCUCAUUGUAACGGCUUAUGUGAAGCUUCUUUCCGAAAGCAUUGUUUAUUUUGAGAAUUCUAUAUUUCGAAUGAUUUUACCAUUGUCUGCAUCUCUUGUGCAGUGCGUCCAAAGAUUGUUUUUGCUGGAAAAGAAAGAAGGUGGUUAUUACCAACCAGUUGCUUUGCUGCUGGGUGGUCUCGAAGAGUUAUUAGAAAUUUCACACGGUUAUCUUGUUACUGACGAAAGGGAAGGAUACUUUUCAGGGUCUAAUUUAAAGGGUGAUUUCAUUCAAUCCGUGGUUUCAAACGUUUUUUCAUCCGAUUCCUCCAAUGAAGAAAGUAAGAUUCAAGGAGAAAGAGACGUAAUACUGCAAUCUUUCAGACAGGUGAUUUCGUGCUGUUUAGAUAUUUGGUAUUGGGCUCAUAAUAUUUCGUGUAAAUCUAAUGAUGAUUCCAGCCUGGACGUCACUAAUCAUAACUCGUACAAGUUCAAAUUCAGGUCGAAGAAAUUAUUAGAAACUUUAUUCCUACUAGAACCUUUGGAACUGCUGGAAAAUUUAAUCAGUGCUAAGCCAGAGAACGUUACAGUUACUCUAGUACAUGUGCUCGACGGCAAUAAACCCGCUAUGACAAUACCACAUUUAUUGUAUGGUGUAAUUAUCAGAUACAAUAGAACGGCAUCUGUGAAAUUUUCUAAUCGUGAUGGAAGCAGGGCAAGCACAACUAAAUUAACUAAAGGGGAGCCUUCCAUGUUAAAAAGGCUAGGUGGGGAAUCAAUUAUUACAUUUUUGUUUAACUACGUGGAUUCUGUAGAAAACUCCGCAAUAGAAGAGUUUUAUGGAGAUUUCCUGCUAUUCUUCAGAGAAGUAGCAACCAAUUAUAACCUGUAUUCUGAUGUUUCAUUGUCUAUUCUGAAACUUGUCGCCCUUAUUUCUGAAAAAGUAAGUAAAACGCAGUUUGGAGAACAAAAACGGGUUAGAAGGGAGAUAUCGGAUGUGUUUUUCAAAUAUUUACCCAAUGCAUUCAUAAACUUUACAAACUUGUAUCGUGGCCAUCCUGAUUCAUUUAAAGAUUUAGAGUUUGUGGUACGCCGUGUUCAAUAUAUCGUCAACGAUCAAAUUGGAGGAGACAAGUUUAAUACGACGUUAUCGACAAUUGUAAAUCAGUGUUUAACCCCUUACAUCAAACCCAAAAGCGAGAAAAAUAUCCCAGGUUAUGUCUUAGAACUCGCUGCGGUUAUAUCCCACCUAGGUUCAAAAGUUAAAAGUUGGAGGCUUUUAAUUGGGGAAUUGUUUCAAAAUGACAAAAAACUUUUGGUGAUUGGCAGUGAUCAAACUUGGGAAAGAAUUAUUUACGAAUGGUCCAUUUAUCCAGAGAAUAAAUCGAAAAUUUUGAACGAUUUACUAUUGGAGAUUGGCUCCAAGCGUUCAAGCGUGACGCCAACUUUGAUCACAUUUAACUUGGGAAGCGAUUCAGAAGUCGAGUACAAGUGCCAAAACCUUUUGAAAAUAUCGUAUUUGCUGAUGAUAUCGCCAAAUGACGCGUAUUUGUUACAGUUUUCCUCUUUGAUAAGUUGCAUUUUCCAGUAUCUAGUAUCCAAAGAUAUCAAGCUUAAGGGAAGCUGCUGGAUCUUAUUGAGAGUUUUGCUUUUGAGAUUUUCAGAAUCUCAUUUCAACGACUACUGGUCUAUGAUCAGCUACUGUUUACAAACUAAUUUGCAGGAAUUUUAUGAAUCAUUACAAAUACAGUCAGACGUUGAUUCACAAACAAUAUUGCAGGUGUGUAAGACUUUAGAUCUGCUACUCUUACUCAACAUGGAAGGUUUCACCUCUACGAAUGAAUGGAUUUUUGUUAUUGAUACGAUAAAUUGUGUAUAUAAAACAAAUUCGUUCGUGGCACUGGCAGACGAAAUUGCAGAGUUCAAGGAUUAUGAAAUAACCAAAGCUGAUGAUCUCGAAUUACCGACAACUUUGAAAGAUGGUCUUCCAUUAUUACGAGGCAUUCACAGAAUCGAGAGGCACACCCAGCUAAGAAGUUUCUUCCAGAAUUUGAGUUAUCUGCAUUAUGAGAAAGUUUAUGGAUUAGGGUCAGUUGAUUUACAUGGUUGUAGUGAAGAUCUCAAAAAAGAUAUUCUGUCUUAA